GUUUGGAUGGAGGUUUUUAUUAUUAUUUACAAGUCGGUAGUUUUCGGUUGUUUUGAUGAUUUUGACACAUUUGUGCAAUCAUCUAGGAGAGGUCUUUUCCUUGAUAAUGACCGUGCUUGGCUUAUUUCAUCGCAAGUAGAUGUAACCAUCGACUGGCCAGCAGUGAGACCCUCCAGUACUUGACUGUGGUGAGAUUCGCCUUGUUGCCUUAAUGUAGAGAUAUUGGUGUUUAUCUAGGAAAGACAUGAAAUUCCACCAUCCCAGAUCAGUAUCCAAUAAUAAACAUUUAUCCAUCUCCACACAUCAAGUUCUCCAUUUAUUAAAAUGUGUCAAGAACAAAAAGGGGACCCUCAAGUACUUACAUCCUCAAACAUAUUUUGUUGGC